UGAUAAGAGACGAAAAACCAAAGUUCCAUAAAGACUGCAUACCAAAGAUCGCAGAGUUACAAUUCUCUUUGAUCACAAUACUCCGUAAUUUGGAUCUCAUCUGCAGGAUUAAACUAUGAAGCAAAUACUAGCAUUCGUCACCUUGGUGGUUACCCUUCAAGUGGUAGCAGGGAGGGGUCGACUUGCACCCCUCUACCGAGCAAAAGAUGCUAUCAAAGGGGACUACAUCGUCGUACUAAAGGAUGACGUCGACCAGGAUGCGAUAUCGGAGUCGAUGAUGAGGACUACAAGGGAACAAGGUGAAACCAUGAUUGUAAGAAAACGACUUCGUAAACUCAUCAACGCUUUCGUCGCAAAGCUUCCAGCCAGGGCUCUCCGAUUGAUACGUUCCCAUGAUGCAGUGCGUUACAUAGAGGAGGACAGUAUGGUAUACGCAGAUACGACUUGGGGAUUGGAUAGGAUUGACCAAAGGGAUCUGCCUCUCGAUGACUCCUAUAUGCCUGUCGGUGAUGGUGGAGCGGGUGUAAAUGUCUAUGUGCUUGAUACGGGCAUCAGAACAACCCACGAAGAGUUUGAAAACAGGUCUUUCAUCGCUUACGAUGCCAUGCAGUACGCCAUUGGGGCGGAUGGAGAUUGCCGAGGACAUGGCACUCAUUGCGCCAGCACCAUUGGGGGCAAGGUGUAUGGUGUUGCCCCUAAGGCCAAGCUGUUCUCUGUGCGGGUGCUUGGAUGCGAAGGUUCAGGGUCCAAGGGAGGAGUCAUGGAAGGUAUGGAUUGGGUCGCAGAGAACGGUCUACGUCCAGCUAUUGUGUCGAUGUCUCUAGGAGGUAGCGGAUCGUACGCUGAAGAUGAAGUCUUGACAAAUCUCGACGCCUCAGGGGUUCUUGUUGUCGUAGCGGCUGGUAACAGCGACUACGAAUCCUGCCGACGAUCUCCAGCCCGGUCGCGUGAGGCCCUCACAGUCGGUGCUUCUGAAAUUGAUGACGCACGUGCUUAUUUCUCUAACUGGGGUGGGUGUGUCGAUCUCUUUGCUCCUGGUCGUUACAUCACAGCAGCAUCAUGGCUUGGGGAUGACCUCUACCGGACCAUCAGUGGGACCAGCAUGGCCACACCCCAUGUUGCAGGAGUUGCAGCGGUUCACCUUGGGGUCAAUCCAAGUUAUUCACCGGCAGAUCUUCGCAAUGUCAUCAUGAACUCAGUGGCUCGAGAUAAGAUCGAUGAUCCCCACGGAGCCCCAAAUUUACUUCUUCAAAUACCAAGAAGAGUUUGAAUAAUCAUUUGUAAAACACUUUAUCAAUGUUAGGAACGAUUUUACAUAAA